CUGGUGGUACAGAGAAGGAUCCUGCAGGUUUCUGCUUCCCUAGAGCAGCUGCUGACGGAGCUGGAAGACUUCCUCAAGGUCCUCGACCAGGAGAACCUGAGCAGCUCAGCCGUGGAGAAGAAGAGUGGUCUGGCCGAGCUCCUCCGUCUGUACAUCAAAAGCAGCAGCUCCGACGAGGAAUACAUUUACAUGAACAAAGUGACAGUCGACAAGCAGCAGAAUGCUGAGUCCCAAGACAAAGCGCCCGAGGAGCAGAACCCACUGGCCAACGGGGAGCUGCGCCAGCUGUCCACGGCCCCGCAGAAGAGUCUCCCGGACCUCCCGCCCCCCAAGAUCAUUCCAGAACGGAAACGGCUGUCCGUCCCGAAGGUCGAGUCUCCAGAGGGCUACUAUGAAGAGGCUGAGCCCUAUGACACGUCCCUCAACGAGGAUGGAGAGGCCGUGAGCAGCUCCUACGAGUCCUACGACGAGGAUGAGAACAGCAAGGGCAAGGUGGCCCCCUACCAGUGGCCCUCCCCCGAGGCCAGCAUCGAGCUGAUGCGCGACACCCGCAUCUGCGCCUUCCUGUGGCGCAAGAAGUGGCUGGGGCAGUGGGCCAAGCAGCUCUGCGUGAUCAAGGACACCAGGCUCCUGUGUUACAAAUCCUCCAAGGACCACAGCCCUCAGCUGGACGUGAACUUGCUGGGCAGCAGCGUGGUCCACAAGGAGAAGCAGGUGCGGAAGAAGGAGCACAAGCUGAAGAUCACGCCGAUGAACGCCGACGUCAUCGUCCUGGGCUUGCAGAGCAAGGACCAGGCUGAGCAGUGGCUCAGGGUCAUCCAGGAGGUGAGCGGCCUGCCUUCAGAAGGGGCGUCCGAGGGAAACCAGUGCACCCCGGAUGCCCAGCGUCUGAACUGUCAGAAGGCAGAUCUCUCUGAGAAGCACCAGUCAGCCUCGGAGUACGGGAGCUCUGCAGAUGGCCACCCUGAGGUCCCAGAGACCAAAGACGUCAAGAAGAAGUGUUCUGCUGGCCUCAAGCUGAGCAACCUAAUGAACCUGGGCAGGAAGAAGUCCACCUCCAUGGAGCCUCCGGACAGGUCCCUCGAGACAUCCAGUUACCUGAGCGUGCUGGUGAACAGCCAGUGGAAGUCACGCUGGUGCUCCGUCAGGGACAGUCACCUGCACUUCUACCAGGACCGGAACCGAACCAAGGUGGCCCAGCAGCCCCUGAGCCUGGUGGGCUGUGAGGUGGUCCCGGACCCGAGCCCGGACCACCUGUACUCCUUCCGCAUCCUCCACAACGGCGAGGAGCUGGCCAAGCUGGAGGCCAAGUCUUCCGAGGAAAUGGGCCACUGGCUGGGCCUGCUGCUCUCCGAGUCGGGCUCCAAGACAGACCCGGAGGAGUUCACCUACGACUAUGUGGACGCAGAGAGGGUUUCCUGUAUCGUGAGUGCGGCCAAAAACUCCCUGCUCUUGAUGCAGAGGAAGUUCUCAGAGCCCAACACUUACAUCGACGGCCUGCCCGGCCCAGGUCGCCAGGAGCUGCUGUAUGAUGACGUGGAGAUGUCAGAGCUGACGGCCGCGAAGGACCCUGCGGAAGCUGCCCCUGCCACCGAUGCUCCAAGGGAGCCCGACCCUGACCGCAUGUACCUGGACCUCACGCCUGUCAAGUCCUUCCUGCACAGCUUCAGCGGCGCCCAGGCCCAGGUGUGCUCCCCGACGCCGCCCUGCCUGGAGCCUCCCGCUGAGGCCCUCCCCGCGGACCUGGGCCCCGCCCCAGCGGAGCCCCUUGCUAAGUCUGCAGAGACCCCCGAGUUGCAGGUGCAGCAGGAGAGCCUGGAGGCUGAGGAGUCUUCCCCGAGAGCAGUCAAAAUCCAGACCGAACAACAAAAAAUCUCCUUCCCCCCGAGCUGCCCCGACACCGUGGCCGUCACCCCAGCUGAGGCCAGCACACCUGUGAAGGACAGGCUGCGGGUGACCUCUGCAGAGAUCAAACUUGGCAAGAACAGGACAGAAGCCGAGGUGAAGCGGUACACGGAGGAGAAGGAGAGGCUGGAGAAGGAGAAGGAAGAGAUCCGGGGACACCUGGCCCAGCUCCGGAAGGAGAAGCGGGAGCUGAGAGAGGCCCUGUUGAAAUGUGCAGACCAGGGAGUCCUGGCCGGCCUGGAGCAGCAGCUGAAGGAGAUCGACGAGGAGUGCAGGGCGGAGGAGAGCAGGCGCGUGGACCUCGAGCUCAGCAUCAUGGAGGUGAAGGACAACCUGAAGAAGGCCGAGGCCGGGCCCGUGACGCUGGGCACCACCGUGGACACCACCCACCUGGAGACCAUGAGCCCCCGGCUCAGAGCUGCCACCUCCACCCCUGCCGCAGACUGCACCCCAGUCAACUCUGCCACGGCGCUCAAGAACAGACCUCUUUCCGUCAUGGUCACCGGCAAAGGCACCGUCCUCCAGAAGGCCAAGGAGUGGGAGAAGAAAGGAACAAGUUAGGGAACGAGCCGCACCGCAAGCCUAUGCUGUCGACGUGGACCUUGGUGACAAUCCUGCUUCGCCCAAG